AUGGCGACUGAUUCAGAGAUGGUCUUUGUCCUGCCGGGAGACGGCAUAGACGCUUCUCUCAUACCGACCCAUCCCAAACGCCCGCUCCGCCUGGGCCCAGGCCUCAGACACAUCCCCCCCAGCACUAUAGUCCCAACCAUUGCCGGCCAGCUUGUCACAGAUCACAAGAAGAACUCAUUAUGGGUCGAGUACAAUGGCGGACGGUACAUCCCUGCCGUCGGUGAUCUGGUCAUUGGCCAGGUGGACAGGAGCGCGGCAGAUUUCUACUACGUCGCUCUCUCAGAUUACUCCUCCAACGCGUCACUGCCGCAGCUGGCCUUUGAGAUGGCAACCAAGAAGACCCAGCCCAACUUGGCCACAGGGGCUCUGGUCUAUGCCCGCGUGAGUUUGGCAAACAGGCACAUGGACCCUGAGCUGGAGUGUGUCAAUUCCAGCACUGGCAAGGCCGACGGUCUCGGCCCCUUGGUCGGAGGAAUGCUAUACUCGAUAUCGUUGGGCAUGGCGCGGCGGUUACUGAUGCGGAAGUCCGUCGAGGAGGGCAGAGUGGUGGUGCUGGAGGAGCUCGGGGCGCUUGGGCUUGCGUUCGAGACUGCAGUUGGCAGAAAUGGGAAGAUGUGGGUGAACAGCGAGGACACCAAGACUGUGCUCAUCGUCGGGAGAGCCGUCAAGGAGACGGACGAGGGGAAUCUCACCGUGGACCAGCAGAAGAAGCUGGUGCGGAAGCUGGUGAAGGAAAUGUCGUAA